CUCGGCAGAGAGCUCUUUUAUAUGUAUAUUAUGUAUAAAUGGAUAAAUGGCUGAGUGGGGGGUACGGGAAGGUACGCGGGCAGGCACGAUCCACUCGACUGCGCGACUGCGCGACUGCGCAGGAAGUCGAGGAGCCGACAUUUCCACAGUUCUAGGUUCAGUCGAGUCGCAGUUGUCGUCGCGAGCGGAUCGGAAAUAGCAAGAGACGGAUCUUGCCUUAAGAAAGUGAACCCUAGAAAGUGUACAGAGAAUAAGUGAAGUGAAACGCACCCCCUGGAAGACUCCACUCCAGAUCAUGUCGCAGCACAACUACACAAACCCGGCCUUCUGCCAGAACAGCGAGUUCUAUCCGGUGCCCAGCAGCAACGGCAACGGCAACGGCAACAGUCGCGUGGAGUCCAUCUACAACCGCAGUCUGCAGCUGAACUUCGGCGCCGUCCCUCGGCCGGCCCAUGUCGCGCCCUCGCCGAGUCGCGAUCCCCGCGAGGGUCCCCUGCGCAUGCAGCGUAGCAUGUCCACGCGCUCGGUGACGCGGAAACAGCAGCAGACACAGAACUACCAGCAGCAGAAGCAGCUGCAACAGAACCACCACCACCAGCAGCAACAGCAGCAGCAGCAGCAGCCACAGUCUUCAAGUGGUCGAUAUGCCCUGGUGCCCCUGGAGGAGCUGAACGCGAGCAGAGCUAGCCGAUACGCCAUAGUGCCCGGACAGGCGGCCCAGCGACUGGCAAGGUCUCAGGACAACCUCGAUCGCUAUGGAUCUAGGUACGGACUGCAGUCGGACGAGGAGCCCCACUCCUUCCACGAGGAGCCGCACCAGGAGACGCAGUUCGCCAGCCUGCCGCCCAUGCUGAACGCUCUGCCUCCGAAGCCCAUCGCCAGCCAAGGGCAACAGGGACUGCAGGGCCAGCAGGGACAGACGAAGAUCAAACAUGCAUUCAGCAGCGACUUUGGCAGCAAGACGUUCCUCAUCGUGGACAAGAACAGCAACCAACGGUACCAGAUGGUGCCCACGGCCGAGGACGAGGAGCUGGUGGACGAGAACCAGGAGAUCAUUCAGAUGCACAACGGUCGCGCCCAUCGGUACGCGAUGAUACCCACGGACGCGGAGGAGGAGGAGCUGGCCGAGGAGGAGUCCUCGUUGAUGCAGCUGCAGCAGCAGCAGCAGCAGGAGACCUGCCUCAGCACCUCGGAGCUAAGUCAGCAGUAUGCCGCAAGGACCUCGACGCCACAGCAGAGGAACGCAGCGGCCGCCACUCGGGCACUCCACGAGCUACUCAUCACGCCCCGGAAGAUGCAGCCACCGCCGCGACUGGCCCACUCCACGCCCCGCAACGCCGCCCACCACGAGCAGCUGCAGCUGGAGCGUCGCCUGCAGAUCUACCAGAGCCAGCAGAUCCUCAGCCAGGUCGCUGCUCCGCCUCCUCCCACACUGCCGCUCCGCCAGAACCGACUCUCACCGCAGAGACUCCACUACGAGACGGUGAAGGCAGCUCCUGCCACACUGGCAGACCGCUCCAUGGCCGUGAUCAGUCCGCGGGUGCAGGAGCAGGAGCGUGACCAGGAGCAGGACAUGAGCAGCAUCCAGGGCAAGCCUCAGAACAACAACUCCUACCCCCAGAAGCUGGCCAACGCCACCAUCACUCUGGCCGUCGUCUCACUGAUGCUCGUCCUGGGCAGCACCAUGAACGCCGGCCUCAUCAUCUACAUGAUAGCCCACUUUGGCAAAUCCUUCUAUCUGCAAUUCGGUUUGGUGGCCUCCUUCUGCGGCGUGGGCCUGGGAUUCCUCGGAUUCCGAUCGCGUCACUGCGAGUGGCUGCCGAACCGGAGCUACACCUCCGGCUACAUUCUGGUCACCGUGUUCUGUCUGUUCAAGAGCUGCGGCCUGCUGGUGAUCCUCGUGCUGGACCCAUUCCCCGGCCUGCCGCUCCACGACGUCACCACGGGCGUCAUCCUGGGCCUCUCCACCUUCACCAUGUUCUUCAUCGGCUUGGGCGUCAUGGGCAGCCUCUGGUGCUACCGUCCCCCACCAGACAACCGAGUCAACGUGGUCUAAGGAUCGUCGCACUACGAGUAGAAAGUACCAUAAGUUCCCCGAAAUAAAUUAUAGAUUCCCCCUUCCUUCGAGCACGCGGCACACGGAACGGCUAAAAGACCAAAACUAGUAUUAUUCAUAGAGAGUUUAUUCCCAAAAGAGACUGUAAAUACCAUGUGGGUUGUACUUACCUUACCUUACGACUAGAUGAUAGUUUGUUUUUAAUCUAAACUGUUUAAACACUCUCCUAAAUUAUUGUUCACCUCACCCUUAGGCUAAUGGAAACUAACGAUAAGAACUAUCAAAAUAAAGGCACUUUCAAUACCA